AUGAGAGGUCGCAAUCCUCAUCAGGAAGGGAACGAAUGUCAAGUAGACUCUGUGGAACCAGCUAUCGCCGGCGGUCUUUCCGAACCGCUAAGACCUGGCAACCUUCCAGAAGAGAGCGUAUUCCUUCCUGAAAGCCUGCCUGCUCUGCAGUGUUGCAGAUGGGCGGCGGUGAUCACUCUCCAUCAGGAAUAUUCUAAAAAAAGAAUUAGCGAAAUCGGUUCAGCUGCUCUCGAGAUUUUCUCCUGGCUUAGUUUAGAUCUGCCGCCGUUGCCAGAAGGUUAUUAUAAUAUG